GCUGCUGGCCCCGAGUCUAGCCGUUUGUCGGGUGGCCGGCACUUUGUUUUCGUCAUUCGAGACCGGAUGUACCCCGGGUCCCGUCUGUGCCUUUUUCUAACUUGUGGCCGGUGCGUUGAAUUGAGCACUAACAACCACUACACCACCAAGCUACCGACGCCGAUAUACACGCCUUCCGUCCACCCCUACCUCCUCCGCCCAAACCACCGACCGUCACAAUGGCCUCCAUUGCUCGCUGCCUCAGGAUUGCUCGUCCUUCCGUCGUCUCUGCUUUCGCCCAGAGCUCCGUCCGCAUUGCGCGUCCCUUCUCUGUUACUGCCAACAAUGAGCUAAGGAAGUACACCCGCGAGCACGAGUGGAUCGAGCUCUCCGACGACAAGAAGACUGGUUACGUUGGCAUUAGCUCCUACGCCGCCAAGGCCCUCGGCGACGUCGUCUUCGUCGAGCUCCCCGAAGAGGGCAAGGAGGUCCACGCUGGCGAUGCCCUUGGUGCUGUCGAGUCCGUCAAGUCUGCCGCCGACAUCAACGCCCCCGUCAGCUGCAAGGUCAUUGCUAGCAACUUGACCCUCGAGGAGAGCCCUUCCACCAUCAACAAGGUUCCCGAGGACCACUCUGCCAGCGGCGGUUGGGUCGCCAAGGUCCAGGUUACCGACCAGGGCAUUGCCGAUCUCGAGAAGCUCAUGGACGAGGAGGCCUACAAGGAGUUCACUGCCGCCGAGGACCACUAAACAUAACGCAAGAGAUUCAAAAUCAUGGGGCGCCGCUUGACGGGAAAAAAGAUUAAUGACGCUUGGUGUAUAUUGGCUAUUUAUGACGGAACCCGGGGAAAUGGUUACGGGGAUCAACUCAAUUUCGGACAGUUCA